GUGACGCAUUUAAAAGCCAAUGGUCUAGAGGCAUCUCCGAGGUCCAAAGUCCGAGGCUUCCGUUAGUUGCCGGGACUUCUGAUCCACAAUCCUGUGACGUGAGCGGCUCCGUGGAUCUUUAUAUGUGGGGCGGGGAGGCAGAGAGACCAAGAUAGCCUUUAUCAGAAAGGAUGGAGUUGGGAAACGGAAAACUGCUUAGGACAGGACUGAACUCACUGAAUCAAGCAGUACAUCCAACCCAGGGCCUUGCCUGGACUGAUGGGAACCAUGUGGUGCUGACUGAUUUACAGCUUCAUAGUGGAGAAGCCAGGUUCGGGGACUCCCAAGUCAUUGGAAGUUUUGAGUCUGUCUGUGGGGUUUCCUGGGCCCCAGUCAGCACAGUGCACAUGCCCGCUCUGCUUGCCAUCCAGCACAGGAUGCUUGUCUCCGUGUGGCAGCUGUGUCCCAGCACUACAGGAUCAAGCAAAUGGCAGAUGUCUCAGACCUCUGAAAUCAGAGAGUCACUUCCUAUCCUUCCUCAGGGCUGCAUGUGGCACCCAAAAGACGCUGUCCUGACUGUGUUGACUGCACACGAUGUUUCCAUUUUUCCCAACGUUCACCAAGAUGGUUGCAGGGUAAAAGUGGACAUCAACACCAAGGGCCGAGUUUACUGUGCUUGUUGGACCCUGGAUGGCCAGAGGCUGGUGGUGGCUGUAGACAGCAGCCUUCAUUCGUAUAUUUGGGACAGUUCUCAGAAGUCUCUUCACAGCUGCUCCUUCUGCCCAGUGUUUCCUGUGAACUGUCCCAUCCGCUCCAUCACAGCCACCGUGAACUCACAGGUUGCUAUAGCCACCGAACUUCCACUCCAUAAGCUUUGUAGCUUAAAUGCAUCCUUUGAUGGUCCACCGAAUGGUGAAAACGGUGCUGUACAUCCUGUGGGUGAAGCGCCCCCUGUAGAUGGGCAGGGAGCUGCUGCAGAAAUGAGUUCUGGAGUGACAGUUUCUCCCUUUUCAGUUCCUCUGGAUCUGACUCACAUACAGUUCAACCCAUCCCGAGCAGAGCAGAGUCCUCUUAUUUGUUUAAGACAAAAGGACUACUUAACAGGAACUGGCCAAGAUUCUUCACAUUUGAUCCUGGUAACCUUUAAGAAAGCAAUUACCAUGACAAAAAAGGUCGCUAUUCCGGGCAUUCUGGUUCCUGAUUUAAUAGCAUUUAACCUGACAGCACAGCUAGUGGCUGUGGCUUCCAAUACGUGUAACGUGAUUUUGAUCUAUUCCGUUGCUCCAUCUUCUAUGUCGAAUAUCCAGCAAAUUCAGUUAGAGAGUAACGAAAGACCAAAAGGCAUACGUUUCUUGACAGACAGAUUAUUAUUAAUUGCUGUAGGGAAACAAAAGCCCACUGAAACAGCCUUCCUUCCUUCUUCAGAGUCUGAUCAGUAUACUGUUCGACUGAUAGUUAGAGAAAUAACACUGGGAAGAGAAUCUUCUGAAACCUCUGCUGAAAGUCAGGAUGCUUACUCUGACAUCAAUGCUCUAUUAAAUAAAACAGAUGGAGAAAAAAAGUUCACUGAGAGCCUUUCCCCAGGUUCGAGUCCCCUGAGCCAAGGGCUCUUGCUAACAGCUAACUCUAGUACUCAGAGUGGGAGGUCUGGAAGAGCCCUUAUUCAAGAAAUUAAAAGUCCCUUGUCCCCUCUGUCCAGUGAUUCCAUUGUCCAUGAAGCCCUUCACAGGCCCUCCUGGCUUUGCACAGCAUUGCCUCGACUCAGCAGGACCCCAGAGCACACCAGCACCCCAGAACUGAAUCCACCUCAAAAAGAGAACUUACAAAAAGAAAAGCAAACUUGCCCACUUUCCAGAGAGCUGGAAAUCCUGUCUCAGCACCUGGCUGGCAUGCAGCAGCAUCUUUUUGAGCUCAUGGAUUUUCUACACAAGGAGAAGCGACUCCCUUCCGCUCAUCCCCCCUCUCGGGAUCCUCCCUACGUUCACCUCAUUUACCAGAAACCUUGUUCUGUAGGUCCUGCUGAGAAAAGAGCUGUGCUUCUCUGUGACGGCAAGCUACGGCUCAGUACCAUUCAACAGCUGUUUGGCCUCCACCUUGUUGAAAUGCUGCACGAUUCCCACUGGAUCCUCCUCUCUGCCGACAGCCAAGACUUCAUCCCAUUAACUUUCACAGCUGCCCAGACAGUCGUGGUGAGAGACGGCAGCCUGUGCAGGCCAGAGGAAGCUCUUUCCCACAGUCAGGGUCCGGAUCCUCCACCUGAAGUCUUCGGAGACCUUGCUCCCCAGGAUGUGGACACAGCUGGCUGUUUCAGCAGCGUGACCUGAUGGCUGUUUUGCAGAGCACAUGUGCUUCCAGGUUCCCCGUGGGCUGUGUGCUUCUGGGCAACAGGGCUAGUGGCUGCUUAUGUAUUCAUGACUGUGCCACUUUGAGGACAGAAUUCUAAGAACGAAACAAUACCACAUGGCAUAUGGAUUGUACUUGAUGAUUUCUCCAAGGCCUCGCUUCCCCGGCUGGAAGCUUGUUAGCGCUGCCUGCGAGUGUUCCUAGGAUGCAAUGGAGUAGGGUAGGUCUUCUUCUUGCUCUAAAGAUGCUGGUGAGAAGAGCUUCUGGGGAGCCUGUGCUUCAGUGCAGCCUUUUAAUCCACUUCCUGGAGCAGCAGGGACUCGGUGCAAAUAAACUUCCAAUAUUUGACCCCCCUGGUACCACCUGAGCGCUCUCGGCCACCCACGUGGGGAGACCACGCCUUGUUCUCUUGCCUUGCUGUUCCUAGAGCUCUCCUUGAGCUGUAUUCUUUUAUCUUCCAGUUUGAGGAUCACAAAAUGUUCCCAUCCUUCCCUCCCAAGAAUAAGCCUUCACAGUUAACUUUUCGUUUGUUUGUUUGUUUGUUUGUUUGUUUGUUUAUGAGGUGGGGCUCAUUCCCAUUUGAACAUGCCAGACAGGUGCUCUGGCUUCCACUGAGCCGUGUACCCCCAGCCCAACUUGUCUCGUUAACUCUGGUAUUUUUCUCUUAACUCCUUUCAAAUCUGAGAGAUCAGCGUAGGAUCAAAAGUAUUUUAAAAAGUUGAAAGUUUCACAGAGAUCUGAAGGAGCUCUGGAGAGCCUCAGUUUGUGUACACAUGGUAAGGCACCGGCUUAGGACAGUGGGAAAGACCCUGAUCCUUUAAGCUGCACCUCACUGCUGCAGGCAGUAACCCCUGCCAGGCCCUGCAGCCAGAUUGACCUGGCCUGGGGCGGGGCAGCACAUCUGCAGAUGCCUUGCUUCAGUCAUCGAGGCUCCAUUAACACACGUACUCCCCUCCUUUUUCCUUUAAAAGCACCCAGAGAGGAAGUAUCUGGUGCCUUUGGGGACUCCUGUCUGUCUGCUGCAGUUUAUGAAGAUGGAGCUGGGCUAGGAAAGAUGCAAAGGCCUAUUUUGCGGUUCAGAAGUGUUAGGCAAUUGCUGGGCUAAUGGAUGGGGAGGCUGUGUGUCUGUAAUCAGUGGCCGGACAGUGGUGCUGAGGGGAGGCUGAGACCUGGCUCCAUCUGCAGAGGAAGUGGCUGCGGUGUGAAGUCACUGCUAUUAUGAACACAAAGAGGGACUAAGGGACCCCGAGUAAGAUCAAUGUGGCUGCCUCAGAUGUACUUUAUAAUCUCAGGGCAGAAUACUCGCAGUGAGUCUUCAGUACGGUCUCAGCGGCUGUGAUGGUUUUGGUUGUUCUGAUGAUGUGGUCUUUAUGACUAUCUGGAUUUGCACAUGCAUAAUUGCCACUUUUAUAUUUCUUCUGGUGGACAUAGUGCAGAAUGUUGAUUGUUUCUUUAUAAUAAAUAUGAUUCCAACUGAUGGCAACUCUAA